AUGCCUGACUUGAUGGCAGCUCCAUUGGCACCCAACCCAUGUCUCCUCGCAAUCGUUCUCACAGUUCGCUCCCGUGCUGCACAACCACGGCUCGUAUUUCACUAUCCGCUGUCUGCGUCGGCAUCAUUGGCAGAAGAGUCCCAAUUCUGGCAGGGAAACGGCUCAACCCGGACCGCCGGCGAAGAGAAGAGUUGGAGUAGCGAGGAAAGAAGCGAUGAAGAGGAAGAGGAAGGAAUCACGACAACGUUCCGAGCAAGAGAAAUCAUUAGCAGCCUUGGAGACAACAGCAAGCAAUCCAUUGCAGCAAGAAGAGGAAGCUGGAUCGGCGAGGAGAUCACGGCGCGAGACGAUGAUGAGGGCGAAGAUGAUGUUGCCGAGACUGCAAGCAGUAGGGGCGGUGGAACGGUUGGAAGUAAAACAAGCCGAUUGCUUAACCUGGGACCCGGAUCACUUAGAUCGACAAGAGCUAGGGCGGCACGGGUCAAAGACAUCGAGCAAGAGGAGGUGGAGGUGAGGGGAACUGGGUCAAAAGAAAGCAGGGAGCGCGCCAUGAACAUUUCUGGCGGCAUUGGAAGGUCUAAUAAGGCAGACAUCGACCCUGAGAAAGACCGUGACCAAGUCCUCGGCUACCCCACGAACGAACUGGCCCGGCUGCUCUGUCCUGGGAGAAUAGCGUAUAAUAAGAAGCGGUUUGAGAUCGGCUUGGACGAGAUCGCUUUCCUUGGUGCACCUAUGUUCGUGCGGGACGAUGGUAGGUGGAAGAAAACGAAAAAGCGAAAAAAGGAUAGCAAGAGAGAUGGUAAAGCGUGCAGGGAUGAGAGCGAAGCAAACGGUGUGUCCGAAGAUCAGAACCUCGACGACGACCCAAAUGCCGAGACUGGAGAGCGAGCACUACACAGCCUCAUCCAGAGCCGAGAGCUCGAGUACGUGGAGGGAUUCGAGCCUGCCUAUGGGCAUGGUUUGAUAUCGGGUACACCUUCUGCAGCGCCAUCUGAAGUUGGAUCGGAGGAUAAGAGCACAACCUCAAACUCAGGAGACGAAAUGACCAUGUUCAAUCUUGUGUUUGUGCUGAACCCACCGUCACUCGAACAUCAGCUGCGUCUAGAAGAGAUGUACGACAAUGUUGUUAAGAAGUUCGCAAAAAGCCUGAAGUAUCUUCAGGCACAACACAAUUACGUCUGGGCCGAGUCGCAGAAGAUUCUUACCAUGCAGGAAAAGGGCAAGGAGAAUGGCACUCCUAUAGCAAGCCUCUGGCCGAGCAUCAUCGGGUCCUCUACCCUAGCAAGGGCCAUUGCGACCGUCUUCGAGGCGAUCUCAUCCUCAAAAAUUGCUCUUGUAAACCUCGACAAGACUCUCGACGUGAAUUUCCAGAUACCGCACGCGAUAUCGACCCCCUUCGUCCCCACGAUUACAGAGCCACAGAUCCCUGGUUUGUGGCUUACCACUGGGAGUUUCAGCGAUGCGGACGAGGCAGAUGACAUUCUGGGACCGCAUUCGGCGCUUCUUCUCCUUGAAGAUAGUGAGACGCUCCUCAAGGAGAUCGAGGGGGACGUGAAAGAGCUCUCGGAAUCGCUAUCAUAUUUCAUCCGCAACCUUACACCCACGAAAUCUUUGCAGAAGCUAGCAUUGAUGACGCAAAUGUCGCUGAAGGACAUGCAGGUCCUUGGACGGCAUUUGAUCUACUGGCGGAAAGCUCGCGCUAUUCCGCCAUUGCAUCCCAGAGAUACAUACAUUGUGUCUCCAAACGCGAACAUGAAGGCACUCGCGAACGAUAUCCCGGCCUAUGCGGCGAAGUUUCCCACCCUUCCAUCGCUUCCCAAAAUGCUGCACCAGCUCUCACGGGAUGCACGACCGAAGACGUAUCGACACUUAAUGCCCAGCCCCGACCAUCGUUCUGCAUACAUGGCGAUUCUCGCAUGGCUGAUGCGGAAUGGUUACGUCACGCAGUUGCGAACCUUCGCAUGGGUGCGCGUGCCUGCCGAAGUGAAGGUGGCGGUGCACGAGGAGAUGAAUGCGGAAGUAGCGGCCAAGGCGAGGCAGCGCGAGGAAGGAGCCUCGGACUCGCUUGGUCCCCAUACCCCGUAUAGUCCUCAUAGGCAAGUUGAAGCCGGAGGAGUCGUUACUAGCGACGCUGAAUCGCACGACGAGAGCUCGUCGCAAAACAACACACACGAAUCCUCCAGGUCCUCCAGGUCCUCGAAAUCACCCACGACAUCAUCGCCACGACUCCCACCGCACAACGUUCAACCAUCCUCUCGGCCUACCUCAGCCACUGGAAGCACGAGUAGUGGUCGCACCGCCGUGCCUUUUGCAUCUCCUUCCAUCAAGCACACCAAAGCCUCCGCCUCCGGUCGAAAACCGUCACCGCUCCGGCUUGGCGAAACACAGCGGCAGCGACCUUUAUCGCCCAACAGCGCCAACGGACUCCUCUCCCCCCUUUCCCCCUCCGUGUCGCAGACGCGUAACGCUGCGGUUGCGACUGCUCCCCACCCGCAGCCGACCCCGGCGACAAAGCAAUUGCCUUCGCUCAUCCACUCUCCGCAGAAAGCCAACGCGUUGGAGUCACGGUGGUUGGAGCACAUCGGAAGCUCGUUCCUGGAUGCGGAGUUGCGUGAAGUGUGGCCGAUGUUGUUGCAGUAUUUUGAUGGGCAGCAUGCGCUGGAAGAGAUCGCGGUGCGUGAGUCUCAGAAGAGAAAGCGAAUUGCGCCUGUCCUUGCUGCGCUAAGGGAGGGCGGCUGGCUGGUUGUCGUGAGACAUUGGUGA